GCUCAGGUGCCCACAUGAUCAGCACAGCCAGGGUACCUGCGGAUAAGCCAGUACGCAUCGCCUUCAGCCUCGAUAAUGCUUCAGCCUCUGGCGCCUUGUCAUGACUCCGUGGAAUCCAUGCAGGUGUUCAAACAACACUGCCAAAUAGCAGAAGAAUACAAUGAGGUCAGAAAGGAAAUCGCUCUGCUUGAGGAAAGGAAAAAGGAGCUCAUCGCCAAGCUGGAUCAGGCAGAAAGGGAGAAGGUGGAUGCCGCUCAGCUGGCCCGGGAAUUCGAGGAGCUGAUGGAGGAGAACCGGACGUUGAAGUUGGCUCAGUCCCAAUGUGUCGAGCAGCUGGAAAAACUUAGAAUUCAGUAUCAGAAGAGACAGGGCUCGUCCUAACUCUGAACGAGUCAAUGUGAGGCGUAGAAGGUUGGUGACGGCUGUGUGCUGGCCAAAAGAUUUUUAUUUUAAAGGGAUAGUGUGUAAAGUUUCAUUGUUCCUUUUUAUUACCCACGUGGCAAACGUCUAUAAUGAAUUUAACGCUUGCCAGAUCGAGUUUGAGAGAAGGGAUAUUUUAUUUGAAAUAAGAUGAUCAAAGCAAACCUGUUAUGUUUUCAGAGAUCAAUAAUUCAUUUCCAAAGAUUUUUUUUUCUUCUUUAGGAAGAUGUGAUCAUCCUGUACAUCAGGGUAGAAAACGAAAACAAACAAACAAAAAAAUAGAAUAUUGACUGACUCGGCUAAGAAUCCUGAACAGAAUUGAGCCAUGAAACAAACCAGUAAGAUGCUCCUGCAGUUUCAUAUCUGUGUAUUUUUAAAUUUCACGUCUUGACUAUUUCAAGUUCAACCUGAAGUCAGCAACGUCUGCACACCUAUUUAUAUUCACCAGAGUUAGGUUUAAUCUCUCAAUGAUUGAUUGUACUAAGAAUAAAUGGUUGCGCAUCAUAAAAGCUUUCUCAUGAAAAUAUUAGCAGAAAGCAUGUUUGUGCCAAAAGCACAUCUACCAGUGCUAACUUGCUUUGUAAUAAAAAGCUGAUAAGGCUGCAUUUCUUUUACGCCACGUUACCAACCAGUAAACAUCUCUGCCUUUGCUUGUGUGUGUUCUGGGGGCAUGGGGGGGCAUGGAAAAGGAUUGUUUGGACAUGACUUUCGUGAGUUCCCACAAAAACAUCAGUAAAGCUAUAACUCUGACUUUGUUUUGGGUUUCAGGAGAUAUUUUGGAUCAGUAAUAACGAAUAGGAAUAUAUGAAUAAAUUCAGGAAUAAAAUGAUUUUUCCCCUGUUCUACCUAUCACCUUAUUUCCCCAAACUGAUCUCUUUGUUUUAUGUCCAUUUCUAUUCAUGUAACUUCUUUUUCAUUAAACAUGAAUCAAAAC